AUGUCCCUCUAUACUUGUGCAGAUGUGGACCGACGUCGUGCAAAUGUGGAAGUGAUAAUGCCUCAGCUUGACACUGAAAGAGAUGUUCCUCCAGAAUCUGUUGGGUCAGAUGCUGCCUCAUCUGCUUUAGAUAAUCCUUCCCUAAUUGAGAGGGCUAUAGAAAAACUACCUCCAGAUCUACAAACCCAAGCUGUUGGCAAAAAGAGGAAGGCAAGGUCACAAGACCCAGGAUGGAAGUAUGGGUGGUGGGAAGAUCUAACCAAGAAAGACUUUGUGACAUGUAUAUUUUGCAGGAAGAUGGUGCCUUCGGGCAUAAGUAGGUUCAAGCAUCACCUUGCUGGAUGCUAUGGAGAUGUUCUUGGCUGUCCUAGAUGUCCAGAAAUAGUUAAGAAAAAGAUGUUGGCUUACUUCAAAAAGAAUUCAAGGAUUGUUCCUGUGGCGGCACAAGUUGAAGAUGAAGAGGAACAAGUUGAUGCUGUUGUAGAAGAAGCUGAAGCUGCAGCUGAACCAGUACCAAGUUCUGGAAUAAAAGUUAAGCAAGUCAAGAAGAAGAUUGCUCAGGCUAGCAUAAGUGCUGCAGCAAAACCAGGAACUCAAAAAUAUUCUAGGUCACCUCAAGAAGGCCGGCGUGUCGAGAACAUUAUCCUUUCAGUUCAGUUUUGGGGUAAAGGUGAAUCAUGCCUAAAAGCUUCACAACCACUUCUUGUUGCACUAAGGAUAGCAGAUGAAGAUGAGACACCAGCAGCUGCUGAGAUUAUGACAGCCAUGGAUGUUGCAAAGGCUGCAAUCAAGGAAUCUUUGAAACACAAACCAGAAUUCCUCAAACAAGUGCUACAUUAUUAUGAUAAUAGAUGGGAAAAUCAAAUGGAGCAGAAGCUGUAUGGAGCAACCCUCUUCUUAAAUCCAAGCAAAUUCUUUGCCAUAAAGAAAAAAAACAUGAGACAAGCUUCGAGGUUGAGGCUAAUGUUUAAUCAAGUUAUGUGGAAGAUGGUGAGUGAGGAGGAGGAGCAAAACAAGAUAAGCAUGCAGGCUGAUGACUAUGAGAGGGCUGAAGGUGAAUCAUUCUCCAUGCAAGGAGCAAUAAGAGAUAGAGAUAGAAAAAAUCCUAUUCUUUGGUGGGGUGCUUAUGGUGGCGCGACAUUUGAGCUCCGGUGUUUAGCAAAAAGGAUUGUUAGCCUGUGUUGCCCUGCAUCUGGAUGCGAGCGUAAUUGGAGUGAUUUUUCUGCUCAAGGUGGUGUUCAGCAAGGUGGUGGCAAUUUGACUUGGGCACAAGUGGAUGAAGCUAUUGGUGCAACUCAGGAGCUAGAGGGACGUAACAUGCCCCGGGCUGCUCAUGCUGCCCCUGUGAGUCAGACAUAUCAGAGGACCAGGAAGCGUCCGAGGACAACGAUUUCAGAUAUUGAUGAAGAUGGUGAUGAGCGCCAAGAUCAGAAUGCUGAAUCCAAUUCAGCGACAUUAAUGGAGGAGGAUGAAGUUGCUGCAGCUGAAGAUGGAGAUGAAGGCUUUCGUGUCAAUGAUGAUUUGCUUGAUUAG